AUGGAACAAACGCUUACCUCACUUAGUAGCAACGCAGAGGAGCUUCAGAAGUCCAUCACCGACCACUUUGGCUGUAAACUAAACAAAGGGUGUGUGGCGUGGUCCUGCCCUGAGCCAGACCCUCCUUGCCCCAUCCUCCACUGGUCCCAUCUGGGUGUGUUACUUGCUAAAGGGAAUUCCUGCAUCCUGGAGACUCAGGAAGCUCCGGACGCAGAGAGGAAGAGAAAGCACUUGACUGCAGCCAACAGCCGACUACAGCCCAGAGGAAACAGCCACUGUGCGCCUCCAAAGAAUCUUUUAUUGUCUCAAGUCACAGGCCGAAACAAGGAGAGGAAAAAGAAAACAUGUUAG